AUGCCCAGCCCCGAUUCGGCUCCACGGAGGGAGCAAUGGGGAGCCCAGAGCCGGCAGCAUCACCGGGAUCCGCGCCCCUUGCUGCGGGAGGGCUCCACACCGAUUGUUGCCGACAACCGUGGGCACCUGCUCCCCACCGUGCCCCGCUCCCAGGCAUCCCCAUGGGGCAGGUUUGUGGGGACCUGGGAAAUGCCGCCGAGGAUUCCCCCGGCCAGGCUGGACCUGACCUCCCGCUCGGCCACCGCCGCCGCACGGCUCAUUGACUGGAUCCACCAACCCACUGCCCUGACCCGCGCCUGCAACGGCCUCCGGACAGAGAUCACCGGGAAGCCCCAAGAGCUUCAGUCAGACGUGCGACCGGCCAAGGAGCCUUCCCAAAGGAGCAGUCAGGCAUCCAGCGAGGGCAUCCAGCCCGCCAGGGCCUCUCCCGGGCCACCACUGGAGGAGCUGCCUGGGCCUGGAGCAGGAGCCACAGCCGCGGUGCCACUUUCCUGCGAGCCCGGCUGCACGGAGGUCCAGCUGAAGGCAGACACGUCCCUGGAGCCCCAGCUGCACACCAGCCUUGCUCCCAGCAGGCCAGGCAUGGGGGACAAACCCCAUGCUCCCAGCAGCCUGCUGUGA